UGGUAAAGAACAUUUAAACUCUCGGCCGGAAACCAGAUCGAGCUCUGAAACUACCACGGCCUGUACCAUAUUGGAGCUUGUAACCAAUCCUUAAACACUCCUCAAUUUCCUUCGCUGCCUUGGAGACAUCGUCCCCAAAUAACUGACUCGUAUAAGGGACCCAUUGGGCUCAUGAAAUUCUGAGCAUGCUUCACCGUGGUAAGGCAGAGACCAUCUCCGAAAGAUUUACACUGCUCGAGGCCACAACGGAACAAGAAUUCGCUAGCGCUCCUUCACCAAGAGUACUCACCUCGCAUCUCCCCCUGAGGUUGCUACCGGAUAAUGCAAUAUCGAAGAUCAAGAUUGUGUUGGUGUUGCGGAACCCCAAGGACCUCGUGGUGUCUAAGUACCAUCACAUGCUGGGUAUGAGGAGCUACGAUUAUACGGGUGCCUUCAAGCACUUCUUGCAGUGGUUUCUGGAGGAUAAGUUGCCAUAUGGAAGCUGGUUUCAGUAUGUGAGAGAAAUGGAAGCGAUUAUGGACACAGAACCAGACCGAAUUUGUAUGGUGCAUUACGAGGAUUUAAAACAGAACGGCAUUGAACAGAUAAAGAAGAUCGCACAGUUUCUAAGCGUUGAUGCCGACGAUCAAUUUUGCCAAGCAAUUUACGACUGCUGUUCGUUUGAAAACAUGGCCGUUAAGAAGCUUCCGCCGAAAGAUCUACAGGAUAAAAUCUGGAAACCCGGUUGCUCGUUUUAUCGAAAAGGCAUUAUCGGAGACUGGAAAACUCACUUCACUGUCGCCGAGAGCGAGAUGUUUGACGAGAUCUUAGCACAGCGCAUGACCGGAAGUAAACUGAAGUUCCGAUUUUCGGACCGUUCUUGAUAGAAAUUAUUGAUGUGUAAAUGUGUAUCAUGCUGGGCAGUACUAUUUAUACCGUUAAAAUAAAAUAUUUUUUUAUUUCUACGAAGGAGAUACAUACGAAUAUGUCAUGUUCUUAAAAAUAAUUAGCAGAAUCAUAUCAUAUUUCUCAAAAACAUGGUAAGCUCUUGAAAUUAUGAGUACCUGUAUAUAUUUAGCUAAACUAAACCACAUAUGAGUUUAACAAAUCGAAAAAAAAACAAAAAAAACAUCCUUUUAUUUUUCAUAAGAGAGAUGUUUUCAAGAAACUGUGCAUGUUUAUAAACCAAUGCGAAUAGUAUAUAAGUCUCUAUUAUGUGGUCAUGGUUUGUCAUAUGUAUAACUACCUAAAUGAUACAUUAACAAUUUAACUAAAACAUGUCGGAGGAAUUCCAGGACGUAGAUCCGAAUGAAUUGCGUUGCAUUGGUCACAUUGAAAAUUGAAGAGAUGCUGCCAUGCGUUUUGCAACGAUGCUAGCCGAAUGAUGAGCGUAAAGCUAGCGCAUCUCAUAUACAACACAUGCAAUUCUAACCAGUUUUAUAUUGACAUACAGAAACUUUUCAUUAUUGGAUUUCGCAUAAACCAGUGUUGCGGCACAGACAUUAUAAAAAAAAUUAAUGUAAUCGGGAUACACAAAGUCAGUGUGCUAUGAGAAUUUCGAGAAAUCGACCCUUAAUACCCGGAUAAGCUUUCGACAAUGGACCGUUUUAUAUUACUGAAAAGUAUCGAGGUUAGAUUUUUCAUUUUAUAAAGCGCAAUCUGUGUAAAUGCGUGAUUUGAAUAUCCGGAAAGAUAUGUGAAAAGAGGGAUCAAUUAUGUAAUACCCUAUAUUCUGAACAAUACGCAUUGGAAGGCAAAUUAAAGGCUUGCCAUUAGUUUAGUUAAUGCAUAUUAAUUUUAGCUCGAUUGCAUCACGCCUGAGGCUUAGUGAGACGCUCUCGAAUCCGUUUUGUGGGUAGAACCAGUAAUUGACGUCGUUUUAAAAGCUGUACAUAUUGCUACCACCGGUUUGAUCGAACGUGUUUCCAGUACUUGAAGCUAUUUGUUUCAAAAAUUGUUUCGGGUCUUUUUUCGUGUCAGCCCACUUCCCUUAUAUCAUUGGAAGAGUUUUCAUGACACAUGUCUUGAAAACUUACCACAGAAAGCCAGUCAAACCAACGCAAACGUAACGUAUAUUUCAAGAUGUGAAUGUUUAUCUUUUAAUUUUAUGUCCUUUCUGUAUCCCUUGUGCAAGAACAAGGAUUAAUGUGAAACUUGUCUUGUUUAUCAAAUUGCGGCACUGUGCCUUCACGCAACCUCAAGGUCAAUACCAUUCGUACAUGACAAACGAAUAACGGUAAAAUAUAUAGCCUGCUUCGAAUUGCCUUUUACAUUUGAAUUAAUAAUACUACAAGAAAACUAAUGAAGAGCAUGAAAAUCCAAAUUUGCAAUUUUAGAUUGGUUAUUGGAUGGUUCAUUCUAUGCAAAUAUACUGAGGAUGCUAUGAUACUACACAUAUACAUUUACGUGUACAUUAUUUUACAGUAAAUAACACGAACAUUAAUAAAAUAUAAUUCUCUUAAAAUAUAAUUCUCAUCUCCCCAUUAAUAAGUGCCCAUGAAUAGUCAGCCUGUGUGCAUUGAAUAACAAUAUUGCAUACAAACAGCUACCAUUAGGUUAAAAAUAACCUGAUCUAGAAAUGCAUAUGAUUAAUAUAUGUUUGUCCGCCGAUUUCGAACUCCGCGUAUGAAUAUGCAAUCGUUAAUGUUGCUCCUUACAGCCCAUUGAACAUAUUUAGGAAUAAAGAAUUCCGUACUUACCCAGCAGGAGACAAACAGCAUCAGAUAUUGUUUCACAGAAAACAAUCGCUUGUAUCGUAUAUUGACCAAUACUUAGGGAAUACAUGAACAAAACAUCACGCAACAUACACAUGUCAUUGAUAAGUAAUUCUACAAUUAAUAAAUAAAAUUCACGAAAAUUAAAAUUGAAACAAUUUUAUAUUCUAUUUUUAACAAGAAAAAUGUACGAAAAAAACGAACACCAAUUUUUAUACCGGUACUUACUUAAUCGUGACAAGGUAUAUAACCGAUUUUUACACUCGUUUUAUUCGAAAAAUUUACACAGUUUAAAGAUAUAAAUAUCAGUGCGUUAGACAAUUUGAAAAAACAAGAGACAAAAAUGCAAAAAGGCUGAAUUGCGUCAGUGGAUCUAUGGGGAUCGA